AUGGCCUAUCGUGUCCAGCUUGACGAUACUUCGUCCACAUACACGGGACCGCAUAUGCGGUCCGAGGCCUUUGAUGCAUCAAAAACGCACACUCCUGUGCAUGAAGACGUUGAUGAGGACAAUGACGACCUCGACAACUACGACGGAUGGCAAGAAGAAGCUGCGCCGACGCGCGCCCUGUUCCCUGCACACGACAAGCUCUACGCCGAUGCAGAAGAAGCGCUUGCAGAUGCCAAGAGGCAGGGCUGUGAUUUCCGCGCGUUGGUCUCCAAGCUCCACUUGGAUGCCUUGCAGGUGAUUCGGCUAGUGAAUUACAUUCGCCGCGCGAAUGUGCCCCCUACAGAGGCAGCUGCGCUUACCGGACAUGAAUCAUUUUUAAAAGAUGAUGCAGAACUGAAACCUGUGCCUGGCUACGAAGAGGACGGUCUGCUGCAAGUCGACUUUGACGACGACGAAAGCGUCGACAACGACCCGCUUGCAGAGCUUGCGACAUUGCGCGCUGCGUACCAGGAAUUGCGGUUGCAGUAUGCAGAGAGACUUGGCAUUGGUGCAGCCGAUGCACAUGGCACGGCAAAACCUCCAUCGUCUCCCGCUGGAGGCGAUGCGCACUACUUUGACAGCUACGCCGGCCACGAUAUUCACCAAACAAUGAUUUCCGAUACGGCGCGCACACUUUCCUAUGCACAGUUCAUCCUUUCGCCUGAGAAUGCUCACCUACUCCGCGGCAAAACGGUCAUGGAUGUUGGGUGUGGAUCCGGCAUUUUGAGUCUCUUCUGUGCGCGUGCUGGCGCCAAGCAAGUACUGGCGAUCGAUGCGAGCGAUGUGGUCGAACGCGCCGAGGCAAACAUUGCCGAAAAUGGGUUCACAAACGUCAUACGCGUUUUUCGCGGCAAGAUCGAGGAGCUGGAUGCGCAGCUACUUUCGUACGUGGGUCAAGUCGAUUUCCUUGUGAGCGAGUGGAUGGGCUACUUUUUGCUGUAUGAGUCUAUGUUGCCUUCUGUCUUGUAUGCGCGCGAACGAUACCUUGCCAAAGAUGGCAUCCUUGCGCCUUCGCACUGCCGCAUGCUGCUUGCAGCCGCGACCGACAGAGGAAAUGGCGCCUUGCGCGAGCGGUAUCGUUUUUGGGACAAUGUCUAUGGCUUCCGCAUGCCAACUAUGACCAAAGGCCUUGCAGAGGACGCUGCGGUGGAAGAGGUCGAGCAAGACGCGAUUGUGAGCACGGUAGCACCGAUCUGCGAGCUUCCUUUGGAGCAGCUCGCUGUGCGCCAGCCAGAAUUUGUGUCGCCAUUCGCGCUGACGUGCACGGAAACGUGCACAGUGUACGGCUUCGUUUCCUGGUUCGAUACGUGGUUUUGCCCUGCGCCACGUGUCGACCCUGCCGACCUGCCGUCAUGCCGCGUAGAUCCGAUCGAGCAAAGCGAGGUGCAUGGACUUGACUUGCACGGCAACCAAGUCACGAAUGCCCCUGCGCAAGGCAAGGGACAAACCGUCUCCUUUACCACUUCGCCCUUCGGGAAGCAAACACACUGGAAGCAAACCGUGUUCCUGCUCAAGAUGCCGGUCGAGGCCAUCGAAGGAACGCGCAUUACUGGCGAAAUUCGUGUGCACACGUCGGCAAACAAUGAGCGCGAGCUUGACGUGGAGAUUCACUAUGAUGUCGACGAGCGUCCAAGGCCUGGUGAGAAACGAGUGCAAUCGCGACUCGUACAGCUGUACUCUGUGCGUUGA